AUGUAUGUGAAAUCGAGAUUUGUGAAAAUGAAACAGUUUGGAAAGUGGGGGCUGUUCUGCCCCAAAUUCUGGAAAAGCGUAGCUUCUUUUCAGUCUCCCUGUGGUGCGAGAGGCUUAGUAUUGGACGUUAGUCACUUAGCUGCCACUGGCAGAAAUAAAACUAGAUCGAGCAUCAAAGCAAGGACAUCUGUAAGUGUAGGUAGGGCCUUCAUGUCCACAACUACAAGUUCGCCGCAUAUACCUGUUAUGUCGGAAGAAGUUAUGGAAUAUCUUCAGCCACAAGGAAGCCAGGUCUUUUUGGAUUUGACUUUUGGAGCGGGAGGUCAUUCCCAAUGCAUCUUGGAGAGUUCGCCCAAUGUUCGACUAAUUGGUUUGGAUAGAGAUCCAACUGCAUAUAGAUAUGCUAAAGAACUCCAGAAGAAAUAUCCAGAGCGUGUGAUUCCAUUACUAGGGAAGUUUAGUGACAUCCCUACGCUCUUUCAAAGACUGAAGAUAGAGAAAAACAGCAUUGAUGGAAUUCUGAUGGAUCUCGGAGUAUCUUCAAUGCAGUUUGAUAAUGCUGAGCGAGGAUUCAUGCUCAGUAAAAAUGGGCCUCUAGACAUGCGUAUGGAUUGUGGAAGAGAUCCCCAACAGCUAUCUGCUUCGGACAUUUUGAUGCACAUCAAUGAAGACAAUUUAUACAAGGUUCUAAAAUGUUUUGGCGAAGAGAAGAAUGCACGGAAAAUUGCACGUGCAUUGAUUGAGUCAAGAUAUUUGUUGAAGAGAUUCAAGACGACCCAGGAAUUGGCGGAGUUUGUCUUUUCAUUAAGUGGAGAAGAUUACAAAUCAGACAAAUUAGGGAGGCCCUCUCAUCCUGCUACUAAGACAUUUCAGGCGAUACGAAUACUCGUCAACAAUGAACUUAAUGAAUUAGAUUUUGCACUGAGGAUAGCCCAUUAUUUCCUGAAGCCGAGAGGAGUGUUAGUUGCCAUCUCAUUCCAUUCUCUGGAGGAUUCGAUAAUCAAGCGUCACUUGACAGGUUCCGAAAUGGACAGUUCCCCUUCAACUAUAGGUGGUGGGGUUAGAAAACAUCGCACAUCAGUUUCUACAUACACAAGUGAUGAAAUGGAUAUUUUGAUGAGAAAACCUUGGCUUCCAAUAAACAAGCACGUUGUGUUACCUUCAGAGGAGGAAGUCGAGUACAAUCCAAGAGCUCGAUCUGCUAAAUUAAGAGCAGCUGUCAAGGCUUGAGUACAGGCAUUAGCUUUGAAUAAAUUUGUAUAGAAUGUUUUGUCAUUCUCAUGUACAUAAAUACAAGAUUAAAAUAUCUUAAGCAGGU